AAGACUUAAGGGCUCUGGGCAUCCCCUACAUUUGGUGGACAGGAUUUGAUCCCAGGACCUGUUACGUCUUUCCUUUCUCCGAAGCAGACAUAGUAAAAAGUGCAGCCAUGACGAAGAACUGCCACAACGACUACAAAAUGAAGUUCUCCACAGAUGAGGAGUACCCCGAUUUGUCCAAGCACAACAACCACAUGGCAAAGGCACUCACCAAGGAAAUCUAUGACAAGUUGAGGGGAAAGUCCACACCCAGUGGCUUCACCUUGGAUGAUGUCAUCCAGACUGGUGUUGACAACCCCGGUCACCCUUUCAUUAUGACCGUGGGAUGUGUUGCUGGUGAUGAGGAGUGCUACGAAGUCUUCAAAGAUCUGCUGGACCCCGUCAUCUCCGACCGCCACGGUGGAUACAAACCCACUGACAUGCACCGUACUGACCUGAACUUCGAGAACCUGAAGGGUGGUGAUGACUUGGACCCCAACUAUGUGUUGUCCAGCCGUGUCCGUACUGGCCGCAGCAUCAAGGGAUUCACCCUGCCCCCCCACAACAGCCGUGGAGAGCGUAGAGGCAUCGAGAAACUGUCCAUUGAAGCCCUUUCCAGCUUGGAUGGUGAGUUCAAGGGCACAUACUAUCCCUUGGAAGGCAUGACCGAUGCCGAGCAGGAGAAGCUGAUUGCUGACCACUUCUUGUUUGACAAGCCUGUUUCCCCCCUGCUGACCUGUGCUGGUAUGGCCCGCGACUGGCCGGACGGCAGGGGCAUCUGGCACAACGACAACAAGACCUUCCUGGUCUGGGUGAACGAGGAGGACCAUCUCCGUGUCAUCUCCAUGCAGAAGGGAGGCAACAUGAAAGAGGUCUUCAGGCGCUUCUGCGUUGGCCUGCAGAAGAUUGAGGAGAUCUUCAGGAAACACAACCACGGCUUCAUGUGGAACCAGCAUCUGGGCUACAUCCUGACCUGCCCCUCCAACCUGGGAACCGGCCUGCGUGGUGGUGUGCACGUCAAGCUGCCCAAGCUCAGCACGCAUGCCAAGUUUGAAGAGAUCCUGACCAGGCUGCGUCUCCAGAAGCGUGGCACAGGCGGCGUGGACACAGCCUCCGUGGGCGGCAUCUUUGACAUCUCCAACGCUGACCGUCUGGGUUCCUCUGAGGUGGAACAGGUCCAGUUGGUGGUUGAUGGCGUCAAGCUGAUGAUUGAGAUGGAGAAGAAGCUUGAGAAGGGAGAGUCCAUCGACAGCAUGAUCCCCGCCCAGAAGUAAAGCGGACAGACAACCAAUGACUGUGUUUUUUUAUAUUAAAAAAAACAUGAACGGGUAACCUUGUUGUAAAACCACAUGCUGGUUUCUGCCAACUUACGACUUUGUGCUUCCUCACAUUUUUCUUUUCUUUCUGUUUCUUUGGUUCCUUUCUUAUUGUAUUUGACUACACUCACCUCUCCAUCUGUAACAUCCUGGGAUCAAUCCACAUUCGUCGUCUCUUCACCAAUGGUGGCUUUUUUUUUCUUUUUUUUUUGGUUGUAAAUUAUAAA